AUGGUAAGUAGUCAUUGCUUUGUCCUGGCUUUUGGGAGGAGUUGAAGAUUGUGAUUAGAGUUGCCAUAUCUUGAAGAGCCACUGCCAGUCUGAGCUGUAGAAAGAGGCACAGGGGUAUGGAGGGCUACAGUUAUCGCGCCUGCACGUCUCUUUCCCCAGCUCGGACUGGCAGCAGCCGAGGCAUGAAGAGCAGCCUGAUUCUGAGCUCAAGCCCUCCCACCCCCCCCCAAUGGACAUUUCCUCUAACAUGUAAAAAUCUGCCCAGAUGGGCAUGUUGUCCCCCCACAAGAGGAUAUAUCUGGGUUUCCCCAGACGUAUAGCAACCCUAAUUGUGAUGAGUCAUUCAGUUAUGAUUUUAUUUUACCUGCUUCAGUACAGUGGUACCUUGGUUUAAGAACAGCCCUGUUUACGAACUAUUCGGUUUAUGAACUCUGCAAAACCAGAAGUACAGUGGUACCUCGGGUUACAGACGCUUCAGGUUACAGACGCUUCAGGUUACAGACUCUGCUAACCCAGAAAUAGUACCUCGGGUUAAGAACUUUGCUUUAGGAUGAGAACAGAAAUUGCGCGGUGACAGUGGGAGGCCCCAUUAGCUAAAGUGGUACCUCAGUUUAAGAACAGUUUCAGGUUAAGAACGGACCUCCGGAACGAAUUAAGUUCUUAACCCGAGGUACCACUAUAGUGUUCCAGUUUGUGAACUUUACCUCGGUCUACGAACAGAAGCCGAAUGGUGGAAGGGCACCAGUGAUGGGAGGCCUCAUUAGGGAAAGCACGCCUCGGUUUAAGAAUGGCUUUGGUUUAAGAACAGACUUCCAGAACAGAUUAAGUUUGUAAACUGAGGUACCACUGUAUUUCAUUUGACUCUGUUCAUCUUAUUGAUUAUUGUGGGAGGCGAGUUAUUGGUUUGUUUUUGUUUUAUUAUGUAUUUUGUGCUCUCAUUUUGUAUUUUUAUGUUGUGAACUACCCUAUGAUCUUCAGAUUCCGGUAGGUACCUAUAUACUAAAUGAAUGAAUGAAUGAAUGAAUGAAUGAAUAGUGUCCAUCUGAGACCCUUUGGGUGGAGUAGAGUACAAGAUCAUGCUUUCUCCACAAUCUCAAUGCAUUCGUCCUAAAAUUAUAGUAAUUGGUUUUGUGUUUUGAAAUGGAAUUGAGCCUGGUUUUGCAAUCUGUUUAAAUCUCAGUGGUUAAUCAAAAUUCUUCAAUUUCUGCUGCAGGACAUUGUGUUUAUGUUCUUCAAGUAUAGACGCAAUUCAAAAUAUAUCAGUUGGAGAAAAUCAGACCACAUAUUGAAAUGUGAUAUUCUGUUAAGAUAUUUGGAUUGUGAAUUGUUGAUCUUGACAUUCAAAUCCAAAUCAAAUUUACAACUUUCAUCAGAAAAUUCAAAUAAACUUGAAGCAAACUUUUUGCCCCUCCCACACUUUUGCAGUGAGUUAGCACAACGUAUUUCGACUUCCUUUUCCCCCCACACCUAUUAGGAGCAAAUAAAUUAUUGAUUUGCUGUAUAUGGGAAGCAGCACUGAAAUUGGCAGACCACAGAGAAAGGAGCAAAUUAACAUAACAACACUGUUGAGUACAUUACCUUCCUUGCAAUGUGUUUCAGAUCAGAACAUUUUAACAAGUACUGAUGUAGUUUGGAGUUCUGAAGACAUCGUCACUUAAUUGUUUGGCUCACUUUGCACUUUCCCUUUCAAUAUACCUAAAAAUACAUUUUGUCUUGACAUAGCAGACUGAAGACAAUGGUGGAGAAAGAACUCCCCAAAGUGGUUGCGAAUACAAGCAAUGAACAAAUGGAUUUGAAUUUAUGUGAUGCUUAUGAUGACAUCUAGCAUCUCUGUAGCACAGAAGGCCAAAGGGAUUAUAUGUAUGCACUGCUAAUGCUCAUGGAAACUCUUCUGUGAAUAUGCUUUUACAUGCAGGAGUCUGAAAAAGCUGAUAUAUCCUUGUAUGAGGAAUACUAAUAACAAGGUUUCAAAGUUUUCUGUAUUGGCCCUUUGGGGAGCUGUUGCUUUCUGACCACUUCAGAAAUAGUGUAAAGCAGAAUAAAUUGAAGCUUUGUUAUUCCCCCACCCACCCACCGCAAGCAUUCUUAUCACUUACAAUGAAAAUACAGAAUACAAGAAGUGGGAUCUGCAACAUAUAAUAAUAAUAAUAAUAAUAAUAAUAAUAAUAAUAAUAAUAAUAUCUUUAUUGUCAUUGCACCCUUCGGGGACAACGAAAUUACUUGACUGCUCCAUAAAAACACUAAUUAAUCAAUACAGUAUAAUACAGCAAGGGAGAUUAGAUGACUUUCAAAGUCCGGGCUUCCCAUUCAGGGCCGAGAUCGCUCUGGAGAAGAAGCUGUUCUUAAGACGGCUAGUUCUUGUCUUCAUCGUCCUGUAUCUCCGUCCCGACGGCAAGAGCUCGAAGAGACAGUGACCAGGAUGCGAUGGUGGAGAGCUCCAAUAUAAUGUUGCUGUGUGCAUCUUUCAGGAUAUUCAAUUCCACCCCCAAUUCCUAUUUUUUGUGUGUGUUUUCUUUCUUUCUUUCUUUCUUUCUUUCUUUCUUUCUUUCUUUCUUUCUCAGACAUCCAGCAGUCUGUGGCUACUGAGCAUGCUCAGUCUUCAUUUGACCUGUUUUGGAGGUCUCAUGCCUCAAAGUUUUCCCCCACUAGAGAUUUUUGUACUUCUGCAAACCUUUGGAUCUUCCCAAGUUGAUUGCUACCAUCCUCUCGUGUGUGGCUGGUGUCAUUUUGGCUAUGUAGGGAUUCACGCUGAUAAUGAGAUCACUGCAUAGAAUAUUACAACAAAGGAAGUAAAAAUAAAUAUCAGCAACAGAAAAAAAAAAGAUUGGAAUAAAAACCAGGUGCUGGAGAAAACAACAACAAGAUAUACAAUUAACAUAAUGAAUGAAUGAAACUUUAUUUGCGUCGGCCAUCGCUCAUAGCAACAAAAGAACAUUGCGAUGUACACAGAACUAAAUAAGAAGUUGAUUAUAUAAAACACAGUAUAGGGUACUGAAUCAGCAAUCAAAUAGUGGACCUUAUUCUGAUUGCCCCAUCUACAAACCUUGCAGCCUUUGCUGUCAUCUGCUCCUCUUGAUCUGCCAGGAGAAAUGACACUGUGGCAGUGGUUGGGUGACCCGGAAUGGACAAUAAAAGAGGAGUGAUAAUCUCAUUCCUCAGGUCUUUGUAAAGAAUGCACGCCAGGAGGGCAUGCACCACUGCCAUCUCUGCAGGGACAUAAGCGUUUUUCGUGUGGAAUCUGUUGGAAUCGUCCCUCAAGUACAGCCAAGGGCAGUACAUUCAGUCUUGCAAGGGUAAAGGCACGUCUAUAUUUUGGAAUUGCUAGAUUAUACAGAUAGGGUGCCAAAGAAUCAAAGUGAGAGGAUGGAAAGUGGUCAUACCAUGGGCAAAAUUUCCUUAUUGUGGCCAAGUUGUUCUGAUGCUCGAUAUCAUUUAGGCGUUGGCAAAUUAGACUGUUUGCUUUACUAUAACCCACGGUGAGUAGCUGUUGUGGGGAUAAACCACAAGAGUGAAGUUUUUGAUUGACAAUUUUAGACCAGACACUCUUGUGAAAGUCUUGUUGCACUAGGGAUAUUAGACCGGGUGGGGGGGGGGGUUGAGUUUAGGCGAAGCCAGAAGUUAAGUGACCUGCACCAAAUCCAUAAUUCUACCGAGGGGAGAUUGGCCUCUAGGUGCAAUGAUGCAUUUGGAACACAGGAUGGUACAAUUAACAUACCUGUGGGAAUAGUAAGCUAAAAUGACACCUAAGUAAGUGUCAGGUGAUCCUCUCCUGGAUGCCACCACAUAAAAGUCACAGUCAUCACACACUUCAGAUGUGAUGGUGGAGAAGGGGUACCCAAAGAGGACCUUUGUAGAAGUUCAUAUCAAAAUAGAGAAUUCAGCUAGCCCAUUGUUUGCUCCAGGGGUAGGAAACCUCAGGCCUUAAGUUGGAUGUUCAGGACCAACUGAUGCAUCAAGUAUCAUAGGAUGAUCCAGGAAGGCUUGAGGAAUUCAGUCUUCGUGAAUUGUUCUGCAAAAGGCUCCUUGCCCACACUUCAUAGGCCGAUGUGAAUACCCAAACUUAGUUAUCCACUCAGAUUUUGCAGCUCUCCAAAUAUUGUGCGACACAGGCCUCAUCAGCUUAAACGUAUCAAAAUACAUAUUUUAAGGCAUAUUUCUGAAAUAAAAUACAUAAUUUAAUACAUGCUAAAUUAAAUAUGCAUUUGGAGAAGAUUUCUUUAAAGCAAACAUUUGCAGAUUAAUGUGCCAAUGGAGCAGAGCGGACAGAUUCCUGGAGCUCAGAGUACUACCUCACUUAGCUUAGAGGAGUGGAUAGAAUAAACUUGCAGUAGCCACUGCCUUCAAGGUUUUCCCCAAAGGAGAUGAUAAAACAUAAGCAGCGACAUAAAUGCCCCCCUGCCCAUGAUUAGGGGUGGAUGUUAAAGCUAACAACAUGCAGUAUUCAUCACUUUUGGAAAGGUUUAUCACCAGACCAAAAACCAGAUGUAAUGCCUGGAUGUUCUAAUAAUUGUAAAAGACUAUAUUCCCCAACCAAUUUCAUGAAAAUUUGUGCUGAAUGUUCAUGUGGUGAAGUUAUACCAUGUGCAAACAGCAUUUGGAUUAUUCCUUUACGUUGACCCAUUUGGUUGAUUUUUGGAGUAUUAACCCAAUGUUCAUAAUGUGUCCAUUGACCAUGGAAGCAAUUUAGAACUUUCCAGUAGCUCACAAAUACAUGAGGUCAUGAGUUUUCAGGGUCCAGGUCUGCCUCAACUAAGGUCUCUUUGUUUGGGUAGAUUAAUGGUUUUGAAUAAGACUCUGCAAUGCAGUUUAAGAAUCUCUGUGGCUCACACUUAAAUGCAAAACAUGGAAGCAUGAGAAUGAAGUUAUAGAGUAUAAGGAUGAAAUAUCCUUCCAAUACAAUGGGCUUGAAAGUCUUUAUUCACAUUUGUGACAAUGUGCUUAACCCGGCAUAUAGUGUACUGUGUAAGCAUCACUUGUUAGUGAACAGAGUACUAUCUUAUACGAGUUUAUCUGGAAUUAAGGCCCAUUGAACUCAGUAGAUAUGAAUAGGAUGAUGCCAUCACUUACCAGUUUGGGGGGAAAAACCUCAUAUUCAAAGAAAUGCAAGGGAAAUCUAUUGUGCUUGACCAGGAUGGUUCCUAUUGCUCUUCUUCUUCUUCUUUUUUACUAUUGGAUGUUAAGAGCCUAUAAUAUACUGCAACUUGCUGUCCAGUAUACUGAAAAACCAAUAGCAAUAAAACAUAAAGCAGUUCAGUGCAAUGAAGUUAUUCAUCCACAGGAUCAACCCGUAAAGGACCAUUUUCUUUUAUUUCUGGCGCUGACUCACUUUUACUGAAGAACUUUGCCACUUAUAGAAAUGCACCUAAGUAGUAAAUGCUUUGUAAUGGUUCCCCACCGUGGAUCCCUCAUCAUUUUUUCCUGAAGAAUAAGCAGAGUUUUAUAACUCAUUGGAGCUACAUUUUAUGAACACAGCAUGUGCAGAGCAUAUGGCAAAGUGAAUUUGAAGCAUAGGGUCUGGGGCAGAUUUUUAAUGUAGCCUCUGCUCUUCCCUCUUCUGCGUGGUGAUGUGAUUUUUUACCAAUUCCCAGAUCAGCCACUUCCAAGAAUUAUCUUAAUACAGCAGGGGUUUUUUUUUUUAUGAGUCAGUCUAUUGUGUCAAAUGUAACUUUCAUAAUGCUAAAGAUACUUUUGUCCAGCCCACAUCCAGUCUAGAAAGCUCUUUCACUGAUGCAUGGAAUGCAAUCCACAGUUUUGUUGAAAAUGAUUCCUUUCUGGUCCUCAUGUCUGUCCUGAAUUUCAGGAAGUACUGUGCUUUUUUUAGGUUGGAUAAACCCAAAGUUUAUUGCUCCUUUCUUUGCAGCUUCCUCUGUGAUGAAUUUCAGACUGGAAGCUCCUCAAGGAAAAUACCUUUUAUGUGGUAUUAGGCAGCCUUCUCCAACAUGGUGCCCUCCAAGUGUUUUGUACUAAACCUCCCAUCAGACUGCUUGAGAAAGUAAAGAUUUAUAACAAUUCCUGAUGGUCAAAAAUAAGGGGUCAAAGAAAGCAACAUAGAACCUUUUCAGAGAAGAAGCAGUAAGAUUUUAGCCUCCACACCCUAUAUUUAGAUGCUGGUAGCUAUGUCAUAGGUAAUUGUUUCAAUGGGACGCGGGUGGCGCUGUGGGUUAAACCACACAGCCUAGGGCUUGCUGAUCAGAAGGUUGGUGGUUUGAAUCCCCACGACGGGGUGAGCUCCUGUUGCUCGGUCCCUGCUCCUGCCAACCUAGCAGUUAAAAAGCCCGUCAAAGUGCAAAUAGAUAAAUAGGUACCGCUCCGGUGGGAAGGUAAACGGCAUUUCCAUGUGCUGCUCUGGUUUGCCAGAAGCAGCUUAGUCAUGCUGGCCACAUGACCCGGAAGCUGUAUGCCAGCUCUCUCGGCCAAUAAAGCGAGAUGAGUGCCACAACCCCAGAGUCGGUCAUGAUUGGACCCAAUGGUCAGGGGUCCCUUUACCUUUACCUUUAAUUGUUUCAAUAUUACUAUGUGUGUACAAUGGGGACACCCACCUUACAGUUUAAUAGCCAAACAUUGUCCAAUGGCUAGGUCAGUAUUUUGUACAAAAUUGAUAAAAAAUGGAUGUUCAGUCAUAUUCAAAAUCAGUUUUUCAAAUGGUGUCAGUGGUCUAAUUGCUUGGGAUUUAACUGUUGAAUUUGAGAUAAGACAUAGGAUCAUAGGAUCUUAGAGCUGGAAGCAACUCAAGGGUCAUCUAGUCCAACCCCCUAUAAUGCAAGAAUCUCAGCUAAAGCAUCCAUGACAGAUGGCCAUCCAACCUCUGUUUAAAAACCUCCAAGGAAGGAGAGUCCACCACCUCUCCUGGGAGUCUGUUCCACCGCCGAACAGCUCUUACUGUCAGAAAGUUUUGUUGAAAGUUUAGUCGGAAUCUUCUUUCUUGUAACUCAAGUCCUACCAUGGGCGUAGCCAGGACUUUUUUUUGGGGGGGGGCCUAUUAGGUGGGGACAGAACAUCAGUUUGCUAUGUCUUUUUAUUGAAUUUUAUUGAUUUGGGGGGCAAAUGGCCCUCCCGCCCCCCCAUCCCCUGGCUAGCCCAUGAAUCCUACCCUCCAGAGCAGGAGAAAACAAGCAUGCUCCCUCUUCCAUGUGACAGCCCUUAAGGUGCAUUUGAAAAAGGCUAUCAUAUCUGUCUCCCCUUUUCCAUGCUAAACAUACCCAGCUCCUUCAAGUGCUCCUCAUCUGAUGGAUUAGUAGUCCAAUCACAUUACAGGGUGUUGUUGUUUUUUAACAAGAUGCCAGGAAGACUCUACUCUACCUGCCACCCCAGAUUUCUGAAAUCUGCUUGGAGUCAAUCUCUGGCCUGGAAAAAAACCACACACACUUUGCACACAGUCAGAUUUACUCUUUCUAACUGUUACUUUCAUUCUUACGGAGCUGAACCCUCACAAGAUUUAACAAGUUCUGCAGGCGAGUCCAGGGCAAAUUGUGCCUCAAAUUGAUACUUAAGGCCAAGGGACAUAGGUUCAUUAUCUGCACUGGCAUCAUGGAUAGUUGGGAAAAACCUUCGCUAAUGCUUCUCUCUGAGGAAUAGCACCGAUUUCUAUUUUUAUUGUAAAAAAAAUAAUAAUAAAAUAAAUUGCAGCUAAAAUCACCUGGGGGAGAAAAGGGAAACCGGUGGCAUGAUAAACAAGCCAUUAGCACAAAAGGCUCACUCUCUUCCACAGUCUCCCCUUUCUCUAGCUUUUCAGCACCAACUACUCGGCUCCGCAGCAGCUGCACCAGCUGAGCUGUGAGAAAUAUAUAUAUUGCAGCCAAUAACAACUGAUGAUAACCUUGACUGCAGCAUAUAUCACCAUGGCAGCCUUUGGCUUUGUAAAAGAUCUGCGAGUGCAGGAUUCCCUUGAUUGCAGGAGGUGGAGAGGGAAGAGCGGGGGAGAGGGAGGAGGCGAGAGCUUAAUUGAAAGUUCAUUCUCCUCCUGUUCUCCCCGGGAAUCCCGCUCCCGAUGCUCUUUCUCUAACCCAAACAAUCCAACCACGUCCACAAGGCACGCUCCAUCCCUUUAAUUCCGAAAGCCCCGUAGAGAGCAUUCUGUAGGCAACGGCAGCGAGUGCCACUAGGUGGCGCUCGCCAACCACUUUUGGAGUUAGGCCGCUUUCCGUUCCGGCCAAUAUAACGCGCCUCCCUCCCGUCCUUGCGCAUCUAAUUCCAGACUUGAUAGGGUAUCCCUGGGAAAAGGAAAAGAAAAAAAGGGGGGCGCAGGAACCAAAGUUAAUAAGGCAUUUGCGCCUAAGCAACCCCUGUGUCCUGAGGUUUCUUUAAAGCGACAGCCCCUGUUCCCCGCUCACACGCUACAGCUACCCCUCUCUGUCCAGACCAGAAACGGAACUUCUGUAAACGAGCGACUUCCACGCCUCGUGACCGUGGCUGCUGCUUAGUCUUUUCCCGAUAUUUGCCAGCGUUCUUCUUCCGUGGCCGAUCUUGACAUUUGACGGUGGUCUGUGCGCAAGGGGAGGGCGGGGCGGGGAGGAAGAAGACAUGUGGAGAUCUACUUCUACCAGCUUCUGAGAGCGCGUUUCUUUUAAAGAAGACUCAAAAAGGAUCGCUUCCUUCGUUCCGGGUGAAAUUCAGCCUAUGCCUGGCUCCAGGUAGCCGCUGUUUACAAGACAUCGAGCAGGGGAAAUUGACCGGGGGCGGCGGGGGAGGUUGUGUGUGUGUGCGCGCGCUGGAAUUUGUCCAGGGCAGAUCUGGGUUGUGUGUGCGCGCGUGUGUCAUGCUCGAGUUUAUCUGGUGUGAGAAGCAGUGGCGGGUGUGAAUGUGUCUGCGAGAGGGUGGGAAGGAGGAAGGGAGGGAGGGGGUGAUCUUGGCAAUGGGCGGGAGAGAACGAGGCGAAUCCUGUCUCUUCCGCUUGCCAGCCUAAUCUCAGCUCAUUUUCUCCAAGCAAUACAACUUCGCGGACGGCAACCUAAGCCAAGCCCGACUCUCCACCAUGGACCCUCCAGGUAAACCAGCGCCCCGCGCGCCAGCCCCUUUCAUUUUGAUCCAUUAAAAAAAAAAAUCCAGAUGGAGAUAAAGACGGGAUAGUAAAAUUAGGAACUCGUAGGUUGGGGUAUGGGAAGGGGGGGGCGGUGUCCUUCCUGAUGGGCUUUUUAGAAAGGGAAAGCGAUGGAACGGGGUGAAAGGGGUUCCUGUUAGUGACUCGGUUCAGGUUCAACUCUUCCGGAAGAAACUCGGGAACUUUGCAGGUGGUACCCGUUGCAUUCCCCACGAGAGUUUAAGGAACGGAUUUGCUAAAACUGGACAGGGAUGCGAAUCAAAGCGGAAACGGCCUUGUGGACCAGUUGUAUGGGGGGAGGGGAGUCGAAGUUGGAGCGGAGUUUAUCAGCAAUUUCAAGAAAGCAGACAUCUCCGAGUCCGAGGCACUGGGUUACAUUAACUCGCGUUAAGCAGAAGCGCUCCCUUCGCAGAUUUUGUUUUAAUUACAACUAAAAUCUAAGACGCGCUUGUGUUCAAUGUUUUUUAAAAAGUUACAUCUGGAUGGGAGAAUAGAACAAAAAUGCCUAAGUGCUUUGGGAUCGAGAUAAAAUGUCUGUGGUUAUUGCCACAGCUUGCUGUGCCUGAGGAAAGAGGGAACCAGACAGGAGGUUGGGAGUUUCUUGUGUUUCGUGUGUGGAAACAAAUCGUCUGCACCUCUAUUUGUGGUGUGGGAAAGAGUUGCAGAGGGACCUCCCAGGUUGCUUCCCUUCGAUUCCUGGCGGUGGGUGGGGUGGGCUGGGCAAUGAGCCCAGGCUUAUUCAGAAGUGCCAUUGUUUUCCUUUAAAAAAAUAAAGAGAGUCCGGCUCUUGCAACAAGCACUGCAAAAGGAGCGAAAUGCUGAAAGAGCCCGCCCCACCCCUUGCGACGCCCUCAGCUCUCGCACACACUCCAAAGCGGGAGCUUGUGUGUCACUGUGAGAAACAGGGUGCUGGACUUAACGGGGCCGUUGUUCGGAUCCACUAGGACCUUUCUUAGGUUAUGUGGUGACACGUUCCUUGGCGGGAAACAGAGCGCAGCUCGCGCCCGCCCCGUCAAGGUCUUUUUGCCCGGUUCGCCUUCUGCCGUGUGUCUGAGAGGAGCCCUGUCCCGCUCCACCUCAUAAAACAGACACCGAGUGGGUUUCUCCCCCCCCCCUCACACCACACAGGAUGGACCUCGGGAGGGUCUGGCACUUUUUGUGAGGGGGGCGGGCGGGCUGAGGAGCUGGACUUUCUCGGCGCCCGCCUCACUUGGCUCUCUUUCGCCCCGCAGGCUGCAGCGCGCCUCCCGCCUUCCUGUGAGGCCGCCGAAGAAGCGCGAAAAUUCAAGGCGGCGCCCGCUCGUUUCCCGCUCGCUGAGGCGCCCAGCCCGGCCGCCCUCCGGAGACUGAAGGCAGCAGCGCCCGGCCGUCGCCCUCCCGCCGCCCCCUUUGGACUCCGCGGCUGGACGGACGGGCCCCGCUGCGGCAAGACAUGGCCGGGCGGCGGCUGUGGUGGCGGCGGCGGGGGGGCGCUGGCGGAGCCCGCGGGCGGCUACUCCUGCGGGGCGGUGGCGGCGGCGGCGCUGGCCCUACUGCUCCUGCAGCUGCCCAGCGGCAGCCCGGCGGUGCCGGCGCAGAACGACACGGAGCCCAUCGUGCUGGAGGGCAAGUGUCUGGUGGUGUGCGACUCCAGCCCGUCCGCCGACGGCGCCAUCACCUCGUCGCUGGGCAUCUCCGUGCGCUCCGGCAGCGCCAAGGUGGCGUUCUCGGCCACGCGCAGCACCAACCACGAGCCGUCCGAGAUGAGCAACCGCACCAUGACCAUCUACUUCGACCAGGUCAGGCGCGCCAGCCCUCUCCCCCCUCCCUCGAGCCUUUUCCGGCCUCUCCUGGCCGAAGCCCCUCCCUCAGGUGACUACGCCCCGCCCAGGCGGCGCCGGCAAACAGAGUCUCCUCCCACCUGCCCACUCCUUCCCUGCCUCUACCUUGCACCUCUUUCUCCAGGUAAGCCCUUCCUGCCCCGGCCAGUCUGCUCUGGCGCCCCCUGGCGUCCAGAAGAGGCGCUCUCCACUUACUUCUUCCUCCUAAUUCCUCCCCUUUCACACUUAGCCCUCGCCCUUUGUUUACUGUCCAGCUUCACUCGUUUUCCUACCAGCUCUCCCCACUCCUAGCCCCAUUGAUCUGUCUCCUAUUGAUCCCUAACUCCCAUCUUCUACACCACCACUCUCCCUGUCUAUCCUUUACCUUGUUGUUGUCGUUUAGUUGUGUCCGACUCUUCGUGACCCCACGGACCAGAGCUAGUCCUGCCUUAUUCCCAUUCCAGCACAACUGCCUCCAGCCAUGUCCAGCAGUGACCCCCCUCAAGCUCAAGCUCUUUCCCCAAGAGCAAUACAUGGCCUCUCUCCCACUAACUGAUGGCGCCCUUCAAUAUCUGUUUUGAUCUUUCUCCAUUCUUUGUGAUGCCCUCCCUCCUACUCUUUCACACCUUAGCUAACUGUAGGGUUGCCAUAUGUCCUCUUUUCCCAGGAUGCACCCUCUUUUUUCAUGGGUAGAGUUGUCUUAGUGAUCCCUAGUUAAAAGUAGAAGUCAGCAAAUGUGUCCUCUUUUUUGCUCUUCAAAAUUUGGCAACCCUAGACUGGGCUUCUUCCAGUGCCCUCUAAGUUAGGGAUAGAGAGCUUGUGCCCACCCCCCACAGAUGUUGUUGAACUCCAACUCCCACCAGCUCUAGCCAAUAUGGCCCAAUGAACAGGGAUGAAGGCAGCUGCAGCCUGUCACUAUCUGGAGAGUCACAGGUUCUUCUUACCUGUUUUAGUUCCACCUUAGUAAUUCACUGUCAGCAGUCUGACAGUACUUGUGGCUCAUCAACUUCUCUAUGAAACAAUAGCCAUCACUUCCUCAUUUUUCUAUUCUGAUGAGUGUCCUUUAAGUACCCCAUCUAAUGCUGUAGCUACCAACAAGAUAUCUUUGGGGGGACUCCUCAGUCUGUCUUGAAUAAUUAUAACCACCAGUUACCCUGUUUUGAAUAAUUAUAACCACCAGUCUGUAUUGCCACAAAUAUAACAUCCAAUUCCAGUUUCUCCAGAGAGGUGGCUCUGGGAUUUCCUGCCUUCCCUUAUCUAGUCAGGCAAACCAGACAGGCAUGCAUAGAGCAGCAGCCUGGGGAAAUCUGCAGAAUUUGGGUGUAGUGCAGUGUGGGGACAGUGAAGGCACUGCAAGCUUAAGCUUUGCCUCUUGGCUCAUUUGAGGAAACCUACAUGCUUUUAGGAUUGCUCUGUCUUAUUGUUCCAGCCUAGGAAGAAAGAAGGGGGAUGCACUGGGAUUUUAUGUAAAACCUUCCAAGUGAAAAGCAUUCAGGUCAUUUAGACUUGUUCAGCACAGAUUAUUUGUUUCUGUUUAUGCAUCCAUCUGUCCAAGGAUUGCUUUCUAAUCAUGAUUACAUGUGUAUUCUAUUAUUUACCCAUUGUGUUCUCCAGCUAUUAUAAUCUUUUAGAAAAAAAUAUUUUGACAUAGAUUGGCAGAAUAUUUUUUUUUGUAGAAUAAUUCUACUGUCACCUUGCUUGCAGAGCUGUAUAAUGCUAGACACUAUAUACAUACCGUUUUGUUUAUAAAGUUUUUUCCUCCCUCUAAUUCCAUGAUGUGUUGCCUUAAAAUAAGAAUUGUAGUGUUGGUUGAAUAACUUAAUUUUUUUUUAGCAAUGAAUGGGAUUCUAGUUUCACAAAUUCUUCUUUCACACUUUUGUAUAUGAGUUUUGAAUCUGGACUAGAUGAGCUCUGAGGUUGAUAAUCUUAUGUAAGAAGGAUAGCCAGUCUUUCACCAACUUCGGCAUAGUUUUUACAUUAAUUUGUAGAUAUGCAUACACACACAGGAUAUUGUGAUACAUGCUAGAAAUUCUGAAAAAGGAAGUACCUGGCAGUCCAAACAGAAAAAGAACCAUAAGAGCCAGAAUCUGCGGCAUUGCACCACUGAGCUUUGUGUGCAGUCUUAACCGUUCUUUGUUACAGAAAAGACAGCAGGAAGCUAUGAGAGCUCUGCUCAGAUGUAAUAAUAAGACCCCAGGCAAGUUGUUGUAACCAGUUACCUGGGAAGACAGAUUAGGCAGAUGAUUUCAGAUCUGAUUCUGUAGGUAAUGGAAAUAUCAAUCAUGCAAAGAACUGUAAACAACUCUUUAGAAUGUUUUCUAAUUCUAGGCCUGCCAUGAGGUUGCCAGCCCCCAUUUACAUUUCUUUAGUUUAGUGUGACUUGCCUUUGGCCAUAAGGAGCCAUAUUCGAGUUUGCAAAUUAUUGGGAUAAGUCCUUUCCUCGUGAUGGUGGUCAUUACCUUUAUAUCCUGCCUUUCCUCCAAGCAGCUUCAGGUGGUGGACAUGGCUCUUGCUGUAAUGGUCUCCUCCCCAUUUUAUCACCACAACAAUAUUGUGAGGGAGGUUAUGCUGAGAAAGAGAUGGUGACUGGCUCAAGGUCACCCACUGAACUUCAUGGGUAUUUUAACCUUGAAUCCCAAGUACUAGUCCAGCAUGUUAACCACCACACUAAAUUGGCUCUCUCGUGGAUUCAUUGCUUUCUCCUUCUUUUGUUACUCUGCAAGAGGCCUUUGAAACAUUCAUAACUUGGCUCAAAAGAGCAUUUUCCAUUACCCUAAUUGGCAAAUUGCACUCACUUUUACCACUAAGUCUAUGCACUAAGUUCUCUGCGGGUUAAAAUGCAUCUUCCAUACUUCUUUGUUCAAGCCUAAUUGAAUUAGUCCCUGUGCUUCAGGAUGGGGUAAAGAGACAAAAGAGAAUGAGGGGUGUAAAUUUCAGAGAGAGAGAGAGAGAGGUUACUUAUUUAAAAUUUGAACUCCCUCCCACUGUUCCAUCACAUGUGACAUGACUAAGUCUCAUUUUGUUUCACAUUAACAUCACAAGCCCCAAGAGAGACAAUUAGUUUCAAUACUGUUACAUGAAAAUGUAAAAUCCUGGGCGGAUUUGUUUAAUGGGAUCUUUUCUCCCUUCGUUUUGCGUGUCUCUCAGCAAUGAUACAUUACAUUUUCUCCUCUGCUGUGAAGACACAGGCUGCCAUCAUGAUCCUUUCAUUCUCUCGAAGAGGCAUUGGGUGCACCACUGUGUAAAUCAAUCAGCUGUCUGAACCAAUCCUUUUAAAACACCUUGGAAAGUUAUUUCGUUUCCCUGCAGUCCGUUUUAAUUGUGCAGCAAAAUGCCUGUGGCUUUGCACUGCUUGGGUAGCCGGUCGAGAAUUCUCCCUGUCUCUCCCCCCACCUGACCUUCCCCAUAAUGAAGGCAUGACCUAAUUGCCCCCUCCCCUUUCAUUCUUUUUUUCUCCAGGUAUUAGUUAAUAUUGGCAACCAUUUUGACCUGGCUUCCAGUAUAUUUGUAGCGCCAAGAAAAGGAAUAUAUAGUUUCAGUUUCCACGUUGUGAAAGUAUAUAACAGACAAACUAUCCAGGUAUGUACUCUUCACUGGGGGGGGGGGGCAGUUUUGUUUUGUUUUUGCAAAGUGGCUCACAUAAAGGCUUGUGACAUUUGAAUAUACAGCAAAACGUCUCAAAGAAAAAAAUAAUCAUGCAGUUGCUGUUAUAUUAAUGUGAUCUUAUUUCAGCAGAGGGUUUUAUGAAUAUGCUAUUUUAUCCAUAAACUACUAGAUAUACCUAGUUCCCUCAGCCAGCACUACAGUCCCCCAUCCCCACACUGGGCUAGCUGACUGGGCCAUUUGGUAGAGAAGGUACAGGUGUAUCAGUCUGAGCCAGGUUUGGAGCAAAGUGGUGGGUCAUUUUGACCUUACACCCCCUCCUACUGCACGAGAUAUGUCUAUCGCCUCCUACUCUGUUUCCCCACCCCCAUUUGGGAUCCCUGCAUGUGGGAGACUCACUUAUAUACUGGGUUGGAAUUUGAUAUUUGGGUGUGUUAUAUUGGGAUGUAACAAUGCAAUUUUAAAAACAAAUGCUAUGCAAGACUGCUGAUGUUGAAUUUCUUUUGAAUUGUAGGUAAGCCUAAUGCAAAACGGCUAUCCAGUGAUUUCAGCUUUUGCUGGAGACCAAGAUGUCACCAGAGAAGCAGCCAGCAAUGGAGUCUUGCUCCUAAUGGAAAGAGAAGACAAAGUGCAUCUCAAACUGGAGAGAGGGAACCUCAUGGGAGGGUGGAAAUACUCAACCUUUUCCGGCUUCUUAGUCUUUCCGCUAUAAAGGGAUGUCAAGGAGAAGCCUGAUUUGCAAGCUGGAACAAGGAUCAAAUCAUUUUGGAAAAACAUACACACACAAGAUCCCUCCUCCCUCUCCCAGAACUUGGCUAGACACGCCAAUAAUUCCAGCCACCCAGUCAGACUGCCAUCAGAGAAUAAUGACAAACCUUCUUGAUGCCACUGUUUGCGUUGACUCUUGACUGUUCCUUGGGAAAACCUGCAGCCCCGAUUAGUUUUAGACGACAGUGAUCUUUAAAAGAAACGAAAUUAUCAACCUGAG